AUGAUUCUGAUAAUUGCAAAUUGUCUUUCUCUAGGUUUGCAAAUCAAUGAUAUUGAACCAUUUUGCCAAGAUGAGAUUGUUAUAUACAAACAAUGUGUCGAUAAACGGGAUAAGAUACUGAGGCAACGGCUUCGAGAGAGUGAACAUAAAUUGGGUCUUUCAAUGCCAUUAGAUGAUGCCAAAGAUAGAGCUACUCAACUUCAAUCAGAGGUCACAUCAUUGGAGAGGCGCUUAAUUCUUGCAAGUGGAGCUGAAGGGAUGGACGGGUUUCGCCAGAGAUGGAGUUUGCAUGGACGCCUUGAAGACACUAAAAAAAGAUUAGACUCUUUAAAGCAGGGAAUGGAGAAGAGAGAAAAUAAGGAAGAGCCAACAAGUUCAACCACCACUAAGAAAGGUUGGUUCUCUUGAUAAAAACAGCCGACAAACUGUGUUACAGAACUCACUGAAUUGUUAUUCCUUGUCAGAAACUUGCA